AUGAACAUUUUUGAACGUCAAUUGAAAAGCAUUCUUGAGAGUUUGAUAGCCGUGAAACGAAAACUACUCAUGGAACGGGGUUACGAGAAAUAUAAAAGUAUAGUAUUUAAGAGCGGUCGAAACUUAGUACCAUCAUGGUUGUUUUUUGGUGAUGCUCCUGACGUCGGGUCAUCAGAAUCCAAUACUACAUCAGUUACUGAGGGUCCCAACGUCGAAAUCAAUAAUUCCAAUAGCGAUCACGGAUCAUUUCCUACCAAUGAAACCGAUGGAGAAGUGACCCACCGGGUGAACGUCCGGGAAGAAUCCUCGGUUGAAGAGAACGGGAGCGGCCUAACACCAUUGACGAUAACUGAGUCGACCACUCAAGCGAUGGACGAGUUACCCUUCUCCUCCUCCUUCUCCUUCUCAAAUCCACUAAAUCAUUCUGAUGGGAUUCCAAGUGAGGACAGUGACACCACAAAACCAAGUCCGAGCCCCACAACAAUGUUUCCGGAAAGUUCCACUACAGAAACUGAAAACUCGAGCACAAUGCUGUUGUUUACGACGACGCAAGCGACGACGCAAGCGGCGACGCAAACGACCACUGCACAGACCUCGGACGAGACCACUCAGGCUGCGGUUCAGGAAAAUUCAGAAGAAUCAACAACAACCGGAACCACAUUCACUGCUAUUUCGGAGAUUUCCGUGGAAAACAGCACAACCGCUACCGUACCGACGCACUCGUCCAGUACCACAGCACCCACCACAACGCUGGAGCAAAUAUCUACUAGCGUUGAACCGAUCAACUCCUCACAUGCCCCAGAAAUUCUACCACCGCUCCUAUCAAUUCCACCACUCUCGGAUUUAUCCUCAUUUUCUUCUCUGAACACUCCAUUGGAUGACACAAGUCGUCCGCCUACACCAGUGGAGGAGAAUUCAGAGAGACGUGGUGUUGAGAAGAAGAAAUCGUUCGGUGUUAUUGGUUACAGGAAUUCAAUUCGUCUUAGGAAAUUGCAAAAGAAAUUUAUAAACAGUGGAAAAACUCUCACUCAUUUUAAUGUUGCCGAAUCAGACGGACGAAGAGUGUUCAGACUAUGGCGAAACGCACCACUAAGCCAUGUGGAGAAGCAUCGCUUUGUGAUGCGAAGAGCGAGACAAUCGCAGAAAAACUCCACACAUCCAUGGAAACGUAACGAAAUUUAUACAGCAAAUCGACGAGUUCUCAUUGUGCCAUCAGAAAAAGCUGAACUUCUCACAAAAUGUCUUCACAGCAGUCAGAAAUCGUUGAAGCAUGGCAUAAAAAAAGACGGGCAUCCGAAGCAAAACGGGAUCAGCACAAAAAUACAGGAAAAUUCCAGAAAAAGACGUUCAACGAGAAAACUUCGAUAUGGUUACGUUCCAGCAAAACAAAAGCUACUGCAGUUUUUCAUUCAUUUCCGACCGACGUAA